GGAGUGAGAGUUUGCGAGGGUCACAGAAAAUGCACUCUCACUCACUCCCUUCACGCCAAACGCCUCCCCGCCUCUUGGAUGCCAACCAUUUCGACGUGAUUUGUUCGCUGCUCCACCGUGGCCCGCGCCGACGUUUUCCCCCCCACCCCCUUUCUUUCCUUUCCACGGAUCCCCGCUUUCAUUCCGUGUUUUAGUUGCGUUUAUUUGAGCUUCUCAGCUGCAGAAACGGCCCUAAAACGAGGAUAUUACCCUAGAGCUGGAGUGUUAUGGUUUGAAGGUACUGGAAUGUGCGGAACUGGAUUGUCGUGGAUCAGUGUGCAUUGCCAUGAUUUGUUCGGGUUCUCCAUGAGGGUUUGAGGUGGAACUAUCGUGGUCGAGGCCUGGCCUGUUGCGCCGGUGGUGCUUGUUUAGGCCCCGUCCGGCGUGCAGGUGUUUUUUGUUCUAUUGUUUUUUUGGAUAUUUUCGUGUUGGGCGUUUCGGAGGUCAGAGUGUAGCGCGGCAGCAGUUCAAUGGGAGAUUGGGAUCAUUCGAAGCGGUAUUGAAUAGAGGUGAAGAGUAGUUGGAAACAAGUUCAGGAACGGGGCAUCGCUAGUUUGGCGUGGGGAGGAGUUUAAACAGUGGGUCUUGUCUAAGCAUUGUUGUAAUUCGUGGGCUUCGGCGAGGGCAUUGAAGAGCGCCAGCGGGCUCGAGAAGUUGAUGUAACAGUGACUCUUCUUGAAAUUUAUUACCUGGUUUUUUGGACUCUGCCACCAACCAGUCUCAGAAAAAAGACUUAGAGUUGCGGUAAAGCUGCAAGAUUGUUUAGCGCUUUCUGAAGCUCUACGAAGUGGCUUCUGCAUUGAGUGCGUAGUCUUGCACGCGUGAAGCAUAGUCUUGCACGCGUGAAGCAUAUCUAUUUCGGGCCCUGACUGCGCGGCACAGAGCAAGUUUUGAGACGCUGCUCAUUAUUCAAAGAGAUCUUUUCUUGUGUUUGACUCGCGGCAUCUCGACUAAAGUUUGCCCUUUCCGAAGACCAUCUGCACAGCCGACUCAGAAUUCUUUUAAGUAUGUUCAAUAUUCGAUUUCGGGGUGCAUCAAAGUUCGAAGAACUAGCUGUUUCGUGAAAAUCUGUGGCCUGAGAUAGCAGGAGAAUAAAAAAUAUCUGGCCCUGAAGUCGACGAUGGAGGCUCACUGCUUUGGUUGCAAAAGAGCAGUGGUUCGUGCGCAGGCCUUAUCUGGAUUUACCUUCGGAUGAAACCCUCGCAAUAGUAGAGCGAGGCUGUCCGGUUGGGAUAUAGCAUUUGGCGAAUCGCGAGAAGUUGUUUUCCUACCUUCGCCUUUAGGGCAUAUUUAGAAAGUAGCGUUGGAGCUUGGCCGUGAAGCUUUGGAGCGGCAAGGGCGAGUAAGCGAGGUUCAAGAUGUUUUACUCGCAGUUGAUAUUGGCGAAAAAGGGUCCGCUGGGGACCAUAUGGAUAGCUGCUCAUUUGGAGCGCAAGUUGCGGAAGAAUCAGGUCACGGAAACAAAUAUUAGCGUAUCCGUCGACUCCAUUUUGUUCCCGGAAGCUCCUAUUGCUCUGAGGUUGUCUGGGCACCUGCUGCUGGGUGUAGUUCGGAUUUACUCCCGAAAGGUGAACUACCUGUUCCAUGACUGCAGCGAAGCGCUAACGAAGAUCAAGCAGGCGUUUCAUGCGGGGGCCGUGGACCUUCCGCCGGAGUCGUCGACAGCUCCAUUUCAUGCGAUCACUCUGCCAGAAAAUUUUGAUCUUGACGAGUUCGAGCCUCUUGCGGAAAGGGAAAGUGUGCUUCUUGCCAGCGGGGCUACGGAUCAACAUGUCACUACCCGUGAACUCAUCACGCUGCAAGAUCAGAUGGAGGAAAACAUCUACUUCGGAUCGCAAUUCGAUCUUGAUGAGAGACUUCCUCAAGCCGAUUUGCCACGCAUUGGACUGGAUUUUGAAGAGGAGGAGAGGGAGAAGGAGGCUCGAGAACGUGAGCGGAGCCCAAGAUUGAGUUUAGAGGAGGAAGUGGCACCAGCAGUGGAGGAAUAUCGGAUCGACUUUGACCGGUUGGACCAGAUGGAGGCCAUGGAUAUGGAGCAGUUGCAGCCGAUGACCCCAGCUCACCCUUCCGUGGUAGGAGUGGAGGAAGAACUGGUGGAGCGCCCUGUGGAGCAGGCUGAAGAACUUGAACAACUAGCGCCUGUCACAGAAGUGCCAGAGCAGCUGGGUCCUGUGGACGUAGAGAUGGAACUUGAGGAAGAGCCGAGGGCGGUUGAAGCAGAGGUUCGCGUUGGAUCCGCUGCGGAGAUGGAGGAAGAAGUGAGCCGGCCAAUGGAGGUGGAAGGGCAAGGUGAGGCAGGGGAAGAAGUCGUGGAAGUCCCUGACGAGUUGGUUCCAGCCUUGGAAGGUGCCGCAGAGGAACUACCCAGGGUUGUCUCUCCACCUCGUUUGGGAUUGGAAGCGGAAGAGGUGCCGGAAGUGGAGACUCUCCGGUCUGCAGUGGAUGCGCCGACUGAGCAGGCCACUGACCUGUUCGCUUUCGAAAGGGAAACGGCGAGGUCGAGCAGGGACGUAUCAGCGAGGGACACCGUUGAACCGAUGGAGCAGCCGUUGGAGGUUGCUGAGAUUGCAGAGGAACUGCGAGAAGCCUCAGUAGAAGCGAUUCCAGGCCUGACAUCACCGAGGAGGAGGCCCAGUCUUGAUCUACCACGCGAUGACGAUGUGCUGGCAACAUUGUUAGGGGCCAGGGCUACACCAUCUUUGAGAGUCAUGGCUACUCCCAGUGAGGAGGCUCCUGCUCGGAGGGUGAGGCGAGGUCCGAAGGCUGUGGGCAAGAAGAGGAAGCUUGUGCUUGACGCGGCGACGGUUCUGCAUGGAGACGUGAUGAGGCAACAGUUGGCGAAUUCAAGUGACAUUCGGAGGGUGCGCAAGAUAGCUCCAUGCACUCGGAGUGAGCUGUGGAUCGUGCACAGACAGACAAUAGGACAACAAAUCUUUAGCGAGCCUUCCGUGCCUGGUGUGAGCAACGCGUUGCGGGUGCUUUAUGACCGUGUGUUAGUGACUGGUGCUGCGGACUUGCCAUCAGCUGGGCGUGAACGGGAAGUCACCCCUGAGGCAAACCGGGAGGAUGUUCCCGCUACCCCGGGCGCUGCAGCUCCAGUGGAGGAGCCCGACACUGCCGAAAGGAGUACAGCUGGGGAGCAACCAGAAGAUGAGCGAGCAGCGGGUGCUGAACCGGCCGGUGAGUUGGUCGAGGAGCCAGGUCUGGAGUUGGCUGUGGUGGAGCCAGUCAUGGAUGCAGUUGCUGAAUUUCCACCUGAAGCAGGUGAGGAUCUUACAGCCGCGGUGGAUACCCGUCUGGAAUCUGAAGUUCGACCAGAAGAAACUGCUGAGUUGGCGGAAGGUUCCGUUCCCACGGAGGAGGGCGUAGAGUUUCCAAUGCUGGAGACGGAGCCAGGCAUAGUCUCAGAACCUCCUGUGCCUGAAUCGGGUCCAACAGCAGAACCCAUUCUGUUGCUGGAGUCGGAGGCACAAGAGGAAGCAGAAGUUAAAGAAGAAGUUCUCGCGGAAGCGGCCUCAGAGGAAUUGGUUGCGAUGGAAGAAGACGUGGAGAUAGUAGGAGAGGCAGCUGCUGGCAUCGAAUCGGAGUUGUUGCACAAAGUUGCUGCAGAAGCAGAGGCCGUAGCAGAGGCAGUUGCGGGAGGGGAGGCCGUAGUCGUGGAAGGAGUGGAUGGAAGAACUAUUAUCGUGCUGGAGGACGACGGGACAAUUAUUGACGAGGGCCCAUCUUCGUUGGUUGGAGUGAAGGAAGAAGUUGUUGGGGAGGAGAUUCAGGAAGAGGAACUUGGGUUUCUCGGGGAGCCAAGAGAAACAGUGUUCCUUCAAGACGUUGACGACGAUCUGCACGAGGAGGCUGAGAGUUAUGACGACAGUGUUCAAGAUGUAACAUUACAAGGGUUUGGUGGCUGGUCAGCUCGCACGAGGGCUGUAGGUGGAUACCUGCAAGGAGUCUUCGCCGGCUUGGCCGGUGGUGCAGAGAUUAGAGAAAAGGAGCAGUCUCCUAAAAUCGGGCUCGACUACACACUUCGGGGAAAGACGAGGAAAGAAGCGGCUCGGUUGUUUUUCGAGACCUUGGUAUUGAAGACGAAGGACUACGUGGAUGUUGAGCAACCGCAACCGUACGGGGAGAUCUACAUUUCAGCUCAGCCCAAGCUAAUGAAGGCCAGCUUUUAGGGUUCCUUGGCAAGGAGAAAUCUGUCUUUAGUUCUGUUAGCGGAAUUUACGUACAUUAGAUGGAGCCCCUUCAGUAGUUUGUGAAUAGAUGAGUCGUAGAGACCGGUCUUUUAGGGUGCCCACUGCGUCUCUUUUACGGGCCGCAAUAUUCCCGAGAUUGCAGCCCCCCGGUUUUCAUUGUAAUCUUUGUGGGUACUUUAUAAUUUAUCUCAAUUCUUGUAUGUCA